CUCUGUUCGUUUCACACAGGCGCUCCGGCCAGUGGCCGACGAGCUCGCGGUUACGCUAACACUCACAUGUCCCCCCAGUCUUAUCCACAGUCUUUGUCCCCGGGUGCUAUCCGAAUGUUUAACCAGUCCCCUUCAUAUCAUCUGCUACCAUCACCCUUAGAAUCUCCGACCUAGCGAUUCAUUCUUCACUGCAGCAGCUCACACGACACGACCCUAUCCAACCCUGUUAUACUAAGCCUUUCUUACUAGAGCAUUUUUGACGCAUUACCGAAAUCAGCACCGUCCUAAUCGAGGAGUUGACUAAAGAUGAGGUUCAUCAUCAGAGACAACGCCGAGGCCGCCAGUGCCUACGUCGCGAACUACAUUGUCGACCGUAUCAACCACUUCGCCCCCACACCAGCACAUCCCUUCGUUCUGGGUCUCCCAACUGGGAGUACCCCGCUUGGUGUUUACAAAAGGCUUGUAGAAAAAUACAAAGCUGGCGAGGUAUCCUUUGAGAAUGUUGUCACUUUCAACAUGGACGAGUACAUCGGCAUUCCCAGGGACCACCCUGAGAGCUACCACUCCUUCAUGUGGAAGCAUUUCUUCUCCCACGUCAACAUCCACCCAAGCAAUGUCCACAUUCUCGACGGGAAUGCCCCCAAUCUAGAGGCGGAGUGUGUCGAAUAUGAAGCCAAGAUCCAGGCAGCGGGCGGCAUCGACUUGUUUCUCGCAGGAAUGGGCGAGGACGGCCAUCUCGCUUUUAACGAGCCCGGCUCCAGCCUGGCUUCCCGCACCCGGGUCAAGACACUCGCCUACGGCACCAUCCUAGCCAACAGCCGCUUCUUUGGCGACGAUCUCGAGAAAGUGCCGAAGAUGGCUCUGACUGUGGGCGUCCAGACCGUGCUGGAGGCACGCGAGAUUGUGGUGCUCGCGCUCGGCGCCCGCAAAGCCAUCGCCCUGCAGCGAUGCGUCGAACAGGGGGUCAAUCACAUGUGGACGCUCUCGGCCGUGCAGCUGCACCCACACUCGAUGAUUGUGUGCGACGAGGACGCGACGCUAGAGCUGCAAGUCAAGACUGUCAAGUAUUUCAAGGACAUCGAACAGGUAGCCCAAGCUCAGGGCUUCGAGCAAAUCCUUCCAUCCAAAGUUCGCACAGGCCCCGCCACCGUCCCAACAACCAUCGUAACGGACGAGUUCCCAGCCUCGACGAUCCACAGCCCCCAGCCAACCACCUCCCGCCUCCUCCGCGCCACGCCGGCCACCGAGUAUCCGGUACGCUCGCGCUCUCCGUCUCCGGACCUCUCCGCACCCCGCCGCCACCUGCGCCCUGUCUCACCGCCGGCUGGGAACGAGUCCGCCGAGUUCACCGAGGGCACAGAGUACACCACCGUUCUCUCGCGGUCUCCAACGCCCGACUUCGUGCCCGACCGCAUGGCAUCGCGCAUCGGGGACCCGUCGCUCCUUCGGCGCUCGACGCCUAACCCGGAGCGGCAGAGGCCUAGGUCUCCUGGGCUGCCCAAUUCCGCGCCGCUGAUGAAUGGGAUCAAGGCUUGAUUGCGAUAUGACCACAGUUGGGGGUUGAGUUGACGAGUCUGGAGGGGUGAAAGAUUGUUUUGUGCCUGGCACUCUCGGAAAGAGGUGCUGCAUAUUGAUCUACAACAGAUUGCUAUUGAACGGAUACCAGGAUGCAAAGGGGAGAGACGGUCUCACUCUGCAGGGCGUCCCCGCAUACCACCGAUUUUAUGAGCACAGAUUGGUUUCUUUUUCACUGUAAAUAAGGUUGACAUGUCAUGAUGCAG